AUGGAUUUUUUUAGAUCUGAGGGGCGUCUGCUGCCCAACCUAGUUGACGAGCUAGCUGUGUCCAAUCCAGGUCAGCUAUACUGUAUCCAUGCGAAGUCCCAUAAGGUGGAUGAUGGAUGGCACGAAAUAACUUUCCAGUCACUUGCAAAUGCAGUGAAUCGUCUAACUUGGUGGAUCAACGAGUGCCUGAACGGUGAUUCAACGUCGCAAAUUCUAGCCUACGUCGGUGCAAACGAUCUCAGAUAUUCUGCUUUUAUCCUAGCUUGCGCCAAGUUAGGCCAUGUAGCGCUUCUUCUUUCUACGAGAAACUCUCAAACGGCCUUUCGUCACCUUCUUUUAGCGACAAAUUGCUCUAUUGUUGUUGAUGGCGCCGAGAAAUUACAGCUAAAACAAGCGCUAGAUGAACUGGUUGACAACUGCAAGGAUAUUUCGCUUCGGCGUUGGAGCAUAGCACCUCUCGCAGAGGUUUUUGCGGAACAGCAUAGCCCGGUGUAUCCCAGCAGGCUUACUUUCAAACACGAUGAAGAUCGCACGGCAAUCAUAAUUCACAGCUCUGGAACAACUGGUCUCCCUAAACCAGUUCAUUUAAGUCAUGGUUAUCUGUCAACAAUAGAUAACAUGCAGUAUUUGCCUAUUCCUGUGGGGCGGAAGUCAGCGCAGAUGUUCCUUAAUCAUAAGGGAGACACUCGCUUGAUGUAUGGUCCUCUUUUCCACUUUAUUGGGCUUGUAUGCAUGAUGGAGUGUAUUUUCUUUAAGACCCCAUUUCUACUUGUUCCCGAUGGGCCGUUGACAGAUGAUGUUUUUGAGAAAAUUAUGACGAGUCCCUUUACCCCACGAUGGGGUCUGAUGGCCCCUUGGGUGUUAGAAGAGCUCAGCAGCUCAGAGAAAGGUCGAAAAUCUUUAUCUAAACUACAAUCACUCAACUAUGGCGGAGCUCCUCUCUCCACAACUGCUGGAGAACGAGCAUUCCGACUUCUCCGUCUCCAGACGCUCAUGGGUAGCAGCGAGACGGCCUAUACGCCGACCCUUUUAUGUGAAGAUCCGAAUGAUUGGGAAUAUAUGGAAUGGAAUCCUUACUUUCAAAUCAAAAUGGACAGCGGACUCUACGAGCUCGUCAUUCCUAGGCAAGAAACGCGUCAUUUCCAUGGAAUUUUCCACACAGCGCCAGACCUUGACGAAUAUCGGACCGGAGAUCUCUUUCAGCCGCAUUCCUCAAAACCUACCCUGUGGAAGUAUGAAGGGCGCCGAGAUGAUAUAAUAGUUUUGAGUAACGGUGAGAAGUUUAAUCCGAUUGAUGCCGAACAGCAAAUUCGAUCGAGUGAUUGGGUCAAAAGUGCUGCGAUUUUUGGCCAGGACCGAUUUCAUCCCUCUCUCAUCAUUGAGCCCCAUUGGGACCAGCUCCCGUCAAGCUGGACAGAAGCCUGGCUGAAGGAACAGAUCUUGCCCGCGGUUCAGCGCGCCAAUUCGGAGCUGCCCGCUCACGGUAAGAUUCUCGAGAGUAACAUCGCAUUUGCAGUUCCAGAGAAGCCUUUUCAAGUUUCACCCAAAGGAACUCUGCGCCGCAAAGACAUACAGUCCACCUACCUGGAUACUCUCGAUCAGCUCUAUGUAGAGAAUACACCGAGCGACCUGCCUGGCAUUUUGGGCAAGGAUGUCGCCCUGUACAGUCUGCCCGAACUGCAGCAGUGGCUAGAAAAUCAAAUCUCUCGAAUUUUAGGCUUCGAUAUCGGAAGUCAUGAGAAUGAUCUCAUUGGUCUCGGGCUCGACUCUCUUCAGGCUAUGCAAAUCGUGAAAUUAAUUCAGGAGGUGGUAAUAGCUCAGCCCACUGAAACCCCUUUCAAAUGGACUACUGUGCAAUUGUACAAAUUUGGCAAUCCAAAAAGGAUUGCACAAGAGCUCUAUGCGCAAUUAAAACAAGGAGAGUCCGUGGAAAAUAUUUCAAAAUCAGAUUCGCUGUCUUUUGGUUCUCGAGAUGAGCAACUUGCAACUAUGGUCAGAGAGCUGUCCGGUUUCCCUCCCCUGAGUGGCAUCAACGUGGCCUUGACUGGGUCAACAGGAGAACUAGGUAGCUAUCUGCUACACUCAUUACUGCAGAGCCCCCUUGUCAACCACGUUUUUUGUUUAAAUCGAGCUCAUAAUGCGGGCGCACGGCAAAAAUCCAGCUUUCGGGAAAAGGGGUUGUCAGAAGCUGGAUUGGAGCGCGUCACCUUUCUCCAUACCCGCCUUGACGCAGAAUUCCUUGGCCUGGAAGCCGAACCGUACAGCCGACUGCGAGAGAGUGUUGAUAUAAUCAUUCACAACGCUUGGCAUGUAAGCUUCAAUCUCCCGGUGGCAAGCUUUAAGCCACAUAUUAUAGGGACAAGACGCAUUUUAGAACUUGCUUCCCAUUCGACACGAUCUGCUGAGAUUCAUUUCAUUUCCUCUGUGGCGGUCGUGACUGGAAAAUCUACUGGUUUUGUCAAAGAACUCCUGCAUGAUGCUUCUUUUGUAUUGCAACAAGGAUACGGUGAAUCUAAGUUUGUAGCCGAACAGAUGUGCGGCAUCGCCUCCAUGCAGAGCAAGUCACGAGUGGCUAUUCAUCGCAUCGGCCAACUUGGAGGACCCUCAAGCUCCCUUUCUGGCAUGUGGAAUCCUCGAGAUUGGUUCCCCACUUUAGUACAGUCGUCUCAGAUGCUGAGCAAGUUACCUGACAGUCUUGGGGCCAUUCAGGUAGAUUGGCUACCAAUUGAUACCGCCGCAAAAGCAAUUGUGGAGAUCAUUCAAAGUCGUAUCCAUAAAAGCCUACCCCGCUUAACCGUUUACCAUGUCAAGAAUCCACAUGCAACAGAAUGGAAGACGAUCAGUGGCCUUGUAGCCAAGGCCUGUAAUGCUCAGAUUGUAACCAUGCAAGAAUGGAUCUCGAGUGUAGAGACAGUUAUGCUCUCCAAGCCAGCCCUCUCUGAUGGUGUUUCCGCCGUAAACUUGCUGGAGUUUUUUACAGAAAUGCUGCAAGAGGGGAGCAUGUCCCCACUGGUGCUUGAGACGCACAACGCUGAGCGGGACAGUACCAUUUUGCACAGUCUGAAGCCAGUCGACGAGGGUCUUGUGGAACUAUGGCUGAAGCAAUGGCAAAAGUGGCUCCCUGAUCUGUUCGUAUAA